CGCCAUUUUGGAAACAAACCGCAAGAAAAUGUUUUUGGUGAUUGAGUUAUCUUUCAUUCUUCGAUKYAACUUUGCUUGAAAGACUAUCAAUCGAGCAUUAGGAUAUUCAAACUGGUUGUGUGUAUGAAAGACAWUAUUCURUGAACAAAGUUUUUUCUCGUAAUUUUUCGAGUUGUCGGAUGUAAACACAGCUUUGGGAUUUGGCCGAAAGAUUUUCAAUAUUUGAUAACGUUAACUACCGGCUUUUAUCGUUUGCCUCUACUCUAUAUCACUAAGUUAUCAUCCUGCUGUUGUGUGUAGGAACUUCGUGAAGUUUGCUGUUAUAUUUGUUGGAAUCGSAGUAAUAYCGACGCAAAGAACUACAAUGUUAUCAUUCAGAAAUGGAGUUGUACUYUACUGAAUGUCACGACAAGAUAAGUCCUUUGGAUUUUUAUGCCUAAAUGUCUUCCUCUGUGGAUGAACUUGAAGCAGUUAAUCCAUAUAUUGGUCAURAUGACAGUGAAAACAGUCAUAUAGUCAAUGGAGAUGUCGAUUGUAUACAAAACAAUGRAAAUUCAACAAGAAAUUCUGAUUCCAGACAGCAUACAUGUACCACCAAGGAUGAUCAACUUGAAAUCGACAAACACGAACCAACUAAUGAACUCAAYAACGACCSUCCACACCAUGAAAUUGUUUUAACAGAAUAUGAACGAGCUAGAGAUGAAUUGUUGAAAGUGCAAAAUGAAUACAAGAAAUCGCUUGAAAGAGAGAGGGAUUUAUGUGAAAAACUGAAAAAUUCCCAGCAAGAGGAAGACAAAAAAAUUUCGCAGUUGAGCAGAGUGAAUGAGGAUUUAAGAGAACAGUUUAAUGGUGUUAUUGAGGAAUUAAAUGCCAAGAAAGAUGAGCUCAAAGUGCUCAGGACUACACUUGAAGAGACUCAAAAAGAAAGAGAYAAAUUCUCCACUCAGUUGGCCAAGCUGCACAUUGAAAAAACUGAGGAGAACGACUCGUUACAUGUUAAAAUUGCAUCUUUGGACAAAGAAAAUAAAAGACUGGAGGAUGACCUUGAAGYAGUGAAGGAUAAGCUACAAGCUCACGAUACGGCAGCCAAACGAGCUAUUAAUGCUAUUCAGAAAGAAAUGGCAUUAAGGGUUGACCAGGUCACUAAGAUGUACGAAGAAGCAUUAAAAGACAAAGAAAAUGCAGUGACAAAAAUGACACAAGUUGAAGAAGACAAGAAAAAGUUAUUUGUUGAGAAAGAACUAUUAAAUGGAAAGAUUAUUGAAAACAACAAGGAGAUGGAAAAAUUAAAACAAAAAGUUAAGAGCAUGAUCACUGACUUUGCAAAAACUGAAGCAACCUUAGAAGAAAAGGAAAAGGAGUACUUAGUGCUACAAAAGGAACAAACAUCUCUCAAAGAGGAAGUAAACUCACAAAUUGUCAAAGUGAAAUGGGCACAAAAUAAGUUGAAAAGUGAACUUGAACUGCAUAAAGAAACAAAGACAAAAUUAAAUCAAACAACACAAAAGCUGCAAGAAGCAAGAGAAGAAGGAGAAAUGAUAAGGAGAAACUGCCAGGAACUUAUAAAGAAAUACCAGGAAUCAGAGGAGAUGAGGUCUAACAGCCUUGACCAGAAACUGAAAGAGAAGGAAAGUGAAUUGAAGAGAAAUGAACAGGAAAUUGCUGACCAAGAUGAGAUAUACAARGUAAAAGUACAGGAGCUUGUAACAUUAAGAAACCAAGAGAGAAUAUAUCAAGAAGAAAUAAAUAAACUGAAGGAAAAGGUUCUUCUCCUUGAAGAGAAAGUUACAACAUAUACCAUCAAAGUUGCCGAGCAUGAGAAGAAUGCUUUGACACUAAAGACUGAUACAGAGGCCAUGAGAAAUGAGCUACAACUUGCAAAUAGCUUUAAAACUAAAUAUGAAAGUGAGGCUCAAACAGUUUCCCAGUUGAAUGAAGAAAAMGAAAAGCUACAGAGUCACAUCCAUGACCUUGAGGCAGAGAUAUCAGGUGGUACUAACAACCAAUCACAGUUACUGGAAUUCACUGAGAAGCUUACUGGCAAGAAUGUUCAACUACAGUCAGAGGUUACUAGUAUUCAAUCUAAGUAUGAUAGUCUGCUUACUGAGAAAGCUCAUUUAGAUGGACAAUUAGAGGAAAUUAGACAAAAGAAUGCAAGUUUGGAAAAACAGUUCAGUUCAGAGAAGUCUUCUUUGGAAAAGAAGGUGGAAGAGCUUUCUGUGUGUUCUCAGGACAAAACUAAAGCAGUGGAGCAACUUUCAUUGUCAUUAGAAGAAGCAAAGGAUGAGCUACAAGUCACAAAAAGGAAAAAUAAUGCAGCCAUCAAGGAUCUAACCAGACAACUACAGCAAUCAAGAAAACAAGUUGAAAAACUCGAAUCCAAUCAUCAUGGCUCAAAAGAAAGUCUAAAUGGAGAGACAAUAUCGAAGUCAUCAUCUACAAACUCACUUGACAAGAUUAAUAGUAACUACAGUACAUCACCCCCUAUAACAGUCUCCCAGCCCCAAUCCAAUCCAGCUAUGACAUCAUGCGUUACUGACUCAGGGGUUACCCCUCAGGAUUCAGUUCAAAUUGUACAACCUGUACAACCACAACUAAGAUCAACAUCAGGUCCAGAAAUGGAAGUGAAUAAAAAGAUGCUGGUAGACAAAAUAUGCCGACUGCAGAAGAUUCAUGCAAAGAAGAAUGAAAAACUAGAGUUCAUGGAGGAGCAUAUCAAUGCUCUUGUAGAAGAAAUACAAAAGAAAUCCAGAAUCAUACAGUUUUAUGCGAUACGUGACCAAGCUGGAGCACUAGCACCUGCUACGUCAGACUUAAAUAAGGUUCAGCUAUCUCGUCAUGGAGGYAUCAUGGCAUCAUUAUAUUCAUCCAAACCGUCUGAUCCUGAUAUGUCAUUAGAACUGUCAUUAGAAAUCAACAGAAAACUGCAAACAGUCUUAGAAGAUACAAUACUUAAAAAUAUUACUCUAAAGGAAAAUCUUGACACUCUUGGGGAUGAGAUAUCAAGACUGAAUGAUGAAYUGAAGAAUUUGAAGCAACGUGGUCGAUGACAGCCUGGAAAUAACAAAGAUGCGAUUUAAACAAAGCAUUCUGACUUAUARAUAUUAUAAUAUAGCUUAUUAAUAUAUAGAAUGUGACAACAGCUAACCCAAUAAAAAAAACAAUAGCAACAACAACACAGUAACACUCAAAUGAACAGCGAGGGCUUAAACUGACAAAACUGAAUUAUAACCAACCAAUCCUGACUCCCGUCUACAAAUCUAAUGUUUUAGAUUCAUUUCUUUGACCAACUCUUCAAUUAAUAAUCGAUGAGUGUUUUUUUUCAAGCGAAAACAAGAAUUUUUAUUUCAUAUGUUUGUUACUAUUUAUACAACACUCCUUUUUACAUAGAUCUAGCUUGCAGCAUUAUUUUCAAGGAAUAAGAAAAGAAAAUAAGAAAUUCCAAGGUUAAUCAUGUUUCUCUAUUGUCYUGAGAUUAAAAGAAAUCCUUUACUUAAUAAGAUAGGUUUAGUUCUGGGAUAAAGGAAAUAUCACCAAUAGAUUAGAAUUAAUACUAUGUAAGUCACAAGACAUCAGUAGGACUACAUAUAAACAAAGACAUGAAUUUUUGCAUAUUCUCUUAAAUGAAGUUCUCUAAAURCAUCGGUACUUGUAUUAUAUGUAUAUAUUAUUGAUUAUGAUGAGGUGGUUAUGAAUAAAAUGUAAAAAAAUGA